AUGGCUUCCCCGAAGAUUCAGAAGGAGUUAGCAAAUGCUUUUGCAACAGAAAUUACAUGUGCUAUUGUUGAUGAUAUUAGAGAUAAGUAUUUUUCUCUUAUGAUUGAUGAAGCCCGGGAUGUGUCAGUGAAGGAGCAAAUGGGAGUUGUUCUAUUGAGGGGACAAGGAUAUGAUGGGGCUUCAAAUAUGCGAGGAAAGUUCAAUGGUUUGAAGGCACUUUUCCUAAAAGAAAAUCCAUACGCAAGGUAUAACCAUUGUUUUGCUCAUCAACUCCAAUUAGUGAUUGUUGCUAUUGCUAAAGACAAUCACAUUAUGGGAAGGGCAAGUCUUACUCAUUUUCACCAUUACCGUGUUGAAAUUUUCUGUGAGAUCAUUGAUUUGAUUGCACAAGAAAUGCAAAAUCGUUUUUCAAAAACUAGCGCAGAAUUACUUCUUCUUCUGUCAUGCCUUGAUCCAAAAGACUCAUUCUCCAAAUUCAACAUCCACAAGCUACUUCGUCUUGUUGAGCUUUAUCCUGAAGAUUUUACAAUAACUGAGGAUUUUAUAAAUGUUGAGGACUUGGGAGGCUUUGCUAGGAAGAUGGUUGAGACAAGCAAACCUAUUAUUUUUUCACUCAUUUAUCGCCUUAUCGAAUUGCCAUUGGUUUUACCAGUUGUGACAGCUAGUGUUGAAAGGGUGUUUUCGGUGAUGAAUAUCUUGAAAACUAACUCACACAAUAAAAUGGGAGAUGAGUGGAUGAAUGAUAUCCUGGUUAUCUAUAUUGAGCGGGAGGUUUUUGCAACUAUAGACAAUGAAGCGAUUCUACAACAUUUUCAGAAAAUGCAUACUCGGCGGAUGCAGUUACCUCCACUUAGUCUUAGCCACAUGCCUCACAUUUCUGGCACUAACAUUGGCAUCGGUUCUAGUUCAAGCGUGCAUAAAUAG